UUACAACUUCAUCAGGGCAGUCAGCUGCAGAGAACAGCAGCCCAGUUGGCUAAAGCUCUGCCUUAGACAAUGAAGGAUCAGAGAUAAAGGAAAAGUUUAACAGGCUCCUCAACGGCGCCUGCUGCUGAGGCAUUAUCUGAUAAUCAUAGAAACCCAGCCCCUGUUCCCCACGGGCAGGGGCAAAUAGGGCGGCUACCCCGGUGCCCGGCGAUUUAAAAGGGUCCGGGCCUUCCACCGCCGGAGCCCCGCGCAGCAUGGAAGGGCUGACCGCGACCCGCCCCCUUCCCAGCCCACAGCUGCUGCAGCGAAAGGCAGCUGAUCAUCGUAGAACUUCAUCUCCCUGGCCAGGAGCUUUCUUCCCGGCGGGGCAGUUUGCAGCUAUGAUUUUGAAAAUGAACUUUAGGGGGAUCUUUCUAGCCAAGUGCCUGGUGGUUUUAUUCUCCUGUGUAAAAGGUUCUGCAGACGAAGACCCUAAAGUGUAUGGUAUUCAGAACAGUUCUGUUUUCUUGAACAUUCCUGACUUCAAAGUGGAAAAGCAACAGGAAAUAACAUGGCUCAAAAAUUCAAUACACCUCACGAAAGGCAAAGGUUCUAAUGUGAAAUAUUACAAGGAUAGGAAAAAGUAUGAGAUGUUCACCAAUGGAACCCUGAAAAUAGAUUGUCUGGUGGAAGAGGACAGUGGAAAUUACAAAGUAAUCGUGUACAAUGGCAUGGGAAGUCUGCAAGUGGAGAAGAACUUACUUCUGAGCAUUCAGGAAAUUGUCUCUAAACCAGAAAUCAAAUGGAUAUGUUCACAAAAAUUAAUAAAGGUGAUCUGUGAGGUGAAACAGAAGAACAAACCUGCUUUGUAUUUGCUUCAAAAUAACACAAUGCUCUCUGUAAAUGGGCCAAUAUAUACAAAUGGCACAUGGAAGAUUGAAUAUCCACCCAAGGCCAGAAUCCUUACUGCAAAGUUCCAAUGUGAAGUUAAAAAUGACGUUAGCAAGAGAACUGAUGAUCAGGAAAUCAAAUGUUCAGGGCCACAGGACAUUGUUCUCAUCGGGAGCAUUGCAGGAGGUUCAGUUAUCUUUAUCAUCUUUUUGGCUCUGCUGAUUUACUGUAUCAGGAAGAAGAGAGCAGAAAGAUAUGCACAGGAUGACGAGACACCGAUGCAAAUUCAACAAGUGGAUGAUGAAUUGAAAUAUCGGGAGCUUCCUCAAUCUCUAGUUCACGCUCCCUAGAAACAGCCAUGUCAGCAGCAGAGACCCCCUCCACAGUCUCAAACUCAGUACCACGUAGUGCCCCCCCAGCCCAGGCCACGCACUCAGCUGAAGUCUCCAAGCCACAUGAAAAAGCGACCCUAAGCAUUUCUCCUGGAUGAACAGAACCUGUCCCAUUACCUGCUCUGGUGGGACCCACCACAAAAAUAACCUUGCAAAUAGCCAUCAAUUCCCCAGACUGGCUGCUUUUGUUGUAGAAGAUCAUAAUCUAUACUGAAUGGGUGAUAAAAAGGCUCAUCAACGGAGACUCGAGGUGAUCAAAGGUCAUUACUUUGGCCCUUUUCUCCAAGUGACUCCAUGCUAAUGUGGGGCAUUUAGUCCUGAAAUCUGCUUCUUUUUUGCUUCAUUUGGUUGUACCUCUCCUUGCCAUCUUCUGGGUGUUUUUGUUUGUGUUUUUUUUUGUGGGAGGUGGGGGGCGGGCUUGUGUUGGGAAAGGCCCUAAGACUCUAUUUAGGUGACUUUCAUCACAUCUAUUUCUUUCUCCCUAUACCUGCACUCCCACCCAAACAUGCCUCUACUUGUUGCAGCCAGUCUUUUGAUCUUAUUGAGAGGAAAAUAGUUGUGUUAAUUGUAUGAAGGUCUGACAUAUUGGAGUGCUGGCAAGAAACUGCAACUUUAUUUCUUGGCUAGUGACAUGACCUGGUUCAGGGUUCCCAAGGCAGAUAUGCUUGUCACAUGGCAGGACCCAUUAUCCAUUGACGUGAGAGAUUCCUGUAACAGUAAUACAUACUACCAACCAAUACCAAGCAGUCUAAUUAAUAACUACUUUCUCUGAACCUUGUUGGUUCUCUCAUCCAGAGGUGAAAGUGGGCUGAUACAUGCUGGUAUGGCGUACUGGUAAGAAAUGGCCGUUGGCACCGGCCCGUACACACAUGACGUUAUCGUUGCUGCCCCUUUUGCACCCCUCCCCCCAAGGCUGCAGAUGGGAUAGGUAGGAGAGAGGGAGGAAGGGGCAGCUGUCCCGGGGCCUGGCGGUUUAAAAGGGCCCGGGGCUCCCAGCCUCCGCUACUGCGGCAGUGGCCAGAGACCCGGGCCCUUUAAGUCGCUGCUGGAGCCCUAGGCGGCUCGGAAGGUCUGGCUGGGGGAAGCUGAUCCCCGAGGCCCCGCCCCUUCCGGGGGCCCAGAGUCAGGUCUCUGUACCGGUAAGUCUUUCAUCUUACUUUCACCCCUGCCCUUCUCCCAUGGGCAUUUCAUGAGGAUUACUUUAGAUCUAUGGCUUUGGUAUCCUCCACAAUCACUAUAUGGGGUGUCUUUAUUCCUAUCUAACUUCACCUGAGGCUGUCACAUCAAGACGUUAGUUGAACUUGUAUGUUUAGAGCCCAGUUAAUGCCAUUGUACUGGGAUGCAGAAGACCUAGGUUUCUAUUUCUGGCUCAGCCACUGUCCUGCAGUUUUCUCUCCUAUCCUUUGUUGAUCUUCUCUGUUUAGAGUGUAAAUGUUUGUGGUCUCUUGUUAAGUGUUUGUUCAGUGUCCACCAUAAUGGGACCUCUAGGUGCUAUGUCUAAGCAUUUAGAAAAAGAAAAACAACCCCCCAUAAACCUAUGCAACCCAACAAAGUCAAUGGGGAAGCACAGAGGUAACUAAGGGAAGAAUAUUUCCCAAAGGAUCAUUUGGCUUCAGUUGUAAGGCUAAGUGUAGUGUAAACCAUCCAAAAGACUAAGGUAGCUCCAUUCUCCAGUGUAACUCACUAACUUACAUACAGUAUCUACUAACUGCUAAAGUACUGUUGUCAAAAACAACUUUACCGAAUUCCAUAAUUCUCCUAUCCCACAAGCCUCAUUAGAUUUGCUUAGUUAAUAUAUCAAAAGAUUUUUUUAAAUUCUAAUCAGUAGCCCUGCAAAAAAUCAACUCAAUACCUGAAAAUCAACUUAGAAUCUUUUUGGUUCAUGCAUCAUCACCACAAAUAGUGACUGCACUUUGAAUGUGUUGAUUAUACAUGAGUCAGAAGGGAAAUCAGUGAUCACUACUGUAGUUAUAUUGACUCUGCAUUGCUCACAGUAGUAAAAAUUGUACAGAAAGCUGACAUGUCAUAGAGGGUCAAAUUAUUCCCCGGCUUGCACACAUUCUUAAAUUUACAAGGUUAUCUAAGGAAAGCUGAUGACCCACAAUUAGGAAAUACCUUGAUAUUGAGGGUGUGCCAAUUUUAUGUACAACCAAGUCACUUCUCACAUAUCCACAGUUUAAAAUUAGUAUGUAGAAUAUAUGUAGUGUAAGUUGAAUGCAAAAGAUUGCAAAGAAGUCCCUUCAGCUUAGACAUGCCUUAAGCAGAAAACAUGAAAAUUCUCAAAAACACACUUUUCACUAUACUCAAUAGCCUAUAGGAAAGUGUGAAAACUAAAUGCAGUACAGUAGCAAAGAGGAAAAAAAGCAGACUUUGGACAAACAUUAUACAAAAUUGGGUUUGGAUUUUGCCUGUAUUUUACCACUAUACCAUGGUUUUGCUAAUUUCACCAAAUCCUGCAGUCCUUUAUCUGGGGUAUUCACUCUCAUUGAAGACGAUGCAAGUUUUGCACAAGAAGAACUGAAAGAGGACUUGCAGGAGUUGGCCAGGGUAGAGCUGCAAUUUACACACUAGUUAAACUAUAAUGUUCCUUAUUCUGUAUCUUUUAACAAUGUAAUUACUGCAAAUGAAGAGCUGGAAGGAUAAAAAUUGAUGCAUGCCAGGUACGCAAAAUCCAUUUCCUGUAGCCUCAAUUUUAAGUCCCUAUGCUGAAUAAUGUGAAUAUAUUUCUUUCAACUGAUGACAAAGCCUUAAUCGCAACUCAACCAGGACAAUCCAAAACGUUGUUGAACAAACAAAUUAAACCUUUUAAAAAAAGGAAAUACUUAGGCUAUGGGUUUAAUUAGAUAUCCUUUCAAAUGGAAAGGUUCUUCAUUACACUGUUCUCUUUAAAAUGAUUUUUGGGGGAGAUAUAUAAUAAUCACCUCAAAUCUAGAUUAAGGCCUUGGCUACACUGGCAAUUCACAGCGCUGCACUUGCUG